GCACGUAUCUGCGGAUACACCGGAAUAACAAAAAACAAAAACACACAAAUAAAAAAUAGCUUAAAUAGCUUGAACGAUCCAACACUCAGCUGUGCCGAGUGUUAGAUUUUGGGGAAAAAUGGAUGGACUGCAAAGUGCUUGCAUCGUGGCUGGCUCUGAUGGACAGUCAUAAAUUCGGCGUGAAAUUCGCGCAGAUACUUAGAUACUGAUAUACGAGAACUGUGACAAAUUGCGCGUGUGUGUUUGUGAUACCAAAAGCCGUCCAAAUUCGUAGCUUUGCCCUUUGCGACCAAUUACCCAAUAAAAUCAUCAAAAACAUUCGCCUGCAGGUAGAACGCAAAAGUCUAGCCAGUUCGGCCUCAGGAUGCCAUCGGAUUAAUUUCCCAGAUAUCCUGCUGGUUGUGACAAUUAUACCUUUGUGAUCGUCCACGGCGAUUACCGCACUCAACAUAAGUGAAAUUCGUGGUUCAGUGCAGUGAAAAUCAGAUCAAACUCACUUCUACGGAGGUGAACGCCGUCGGCUAACUAAAAUUACUCCAGUCCACCACUUCGACCCCUGGCUUCAAAAUGGAUCCCGACUGCUUUGCGAUGUCCUCGUACCAGUUCGUCAACUCGCUGGCCUCCUGUUAUCCGCAGCAGAUGAAUUCGCAGCAGAAUCACCCGGGGGCGGGCAACUCGAGUGCGGGCGGCAGCGGUGGCGGGGCGGCCGUUAGCGGGGCCGUGGUGCCCAGUGGCGGUGCAAAUGGAAGUCAGGGCAGUGCGGGGGCGGGCACGCCGGGAGCGAACGAUUAUUUCCCAGCCGCGGCGGCCUAUACGCCCAACCUGUACCCAAACACGCCGCAGGCCCACUACGCCAAUCAGGCGGCCUACGGCGGACAGGGAAAUCCGGAUAUGGUGGACUACACGCAGCUGCAGCCGCAGCGACUGCUCCUGCAGCAGCAGCAGGUGCAACAGCAACAGCAGCAGCAACAUGCGCAUGCAGCGGCAGCAGUCGCUGCCCAGCAGCAGCAGCAACUCGCCCAGCAGCAACACCCGCAACAGCAGCAGCAGCAGCAGCAAGCAAACAUCAGUUGCAAGUACGCCAAUGAUCCAGUGACGCCGGGCGGAAGUGGGGGCGGCGGGGUUCCCGGUGCUAGCAACAACAACAACAGCGCCAACAGCAACAACAACAACAGCCAGUCGCUAGCCAGUCCACAGGAUCUGUCCACCAGGGACAUUUCGCCAAAACUGUCGCCCAGUUCAGUGGUGGAGAGCGUGGCCCGAUCACUGAACAAGGGCGUCCUGGGCGGAAGCUUGGCGGCCGCCGCUGCCGCUGCCGGUUUGAACAACAACCACAGCGGAUCGGGUGUGUCCGGAGGUCCUGGGCACGUCAAUGUUCCGAUGCACAGUCCGGGGGGCGGGGACUCGGACUCCGAGAGCGACAGCGGCAAUGAGGCGGGCAGUAGCCAGAACAGCGGCAACGGAAAGAAGAACCCUCCGCAGAUAUAUCCGUGGAUGAAGCGAGUGCAUCUCGGGACGAGUACUGUGAAUGCCAAUGGCGAGACGAAACGACAACGGACCUCAUACACCCGCUACCAGACGCUGGAGCUGGAGAAGGAGUUCCACUUCAACCGCUACCUGACCCGCCGCCGCAGGAUCGAGAUCGCGCACGCCCUGUGCCUCACGGAGCGGCAGAUCAAGAUCUGGUUUCAGAACCGGCGCAUGAAGUGGAAGAAGGAGCACAAGAUGGCCUCGAUGAACAUCGUACCCUACCACAUGGGUCCAUAUGGCCACCCGUACCACCAGUUCGAUAUCCAUCCGUCGCAAUUCGCGCACCUGAGCGCAUAGGACGCGUGGCACUUUUCGGGUACUGGUUAGAGACUCAAUCAGUUGUAUCAGGAACCAUAUCAGACGGCGGCGGCGGCCUCGGCGGCCAGUGGUUAUCAGUCGCAGGACGGUGGUCCAGUGGGUGGUGGCUCGGUAGGAGUGGGUGGCGGUGCGGUGCCGGGCUCGCUGGCCAACGGUGGCAGCAAUGGCAGCGGUCCCAACUCCCUCUUCUCCUCCGCCGCCUCCAGCUCCCAGGCUCCCGACUGUAUCAAGUAUCCGCAGGAGUUCUGAUCUCAGGUUAUCAUCAGGCAGCAGCAGCAGCAGGAUAAUUUCAUUGAUCGGAAUCAGGAACGGGACCUCAAGCAGCUUUUGGUGUCGGACUGUGAGCCCGAUCCAGAGCUGCAACUGGAGUUCAAGGCGGACAUUGUCGAAUGCAACUUGUUCUGCUGCUGAGCUCUGUCCGCCUGCCACGCCCCUGCCGCCUCAUGCCUGCCGCCUACCGCCUGUCGCCGCCCGUCGAUCAACCAACAUCCAGUGAUGUUUCUUGUUUGCAACUGAUUCGUGUUAAGCUAAGAAACGAGCCACAUCCGCUUGGUUCGUUUGGGUUUAUGAUACUGGAGGUGGAACCCGGAGCAAUCGCCAUUACUCUUUAAAAAAGAAAUCAUCCAUUUUUAACUAGUAUUUGUGAUACGCUGAGUAUAACAUAUCAGGAUCAGAUUAUUCACGUCGAUUUUAAUCAAUAACAUUAAUAUUUGAUGUUAGUUUGCUGUUGAAACAUAAGCAUAUGAUUGAUAUAACUUGUAUAUGUCGAAGUUAGGUGUUACCCCUUACUCACUUCCUACACCUUUCUGUGCGAGUGCUCCAGGGUCCUUCCAGUAUGAUGAAUCUCUUUCUCUAAGCAGUAUUCGAAAAGCCGUUAGUUUGUAAGCCUAGCAUAAUUUUAGCACGUAAGCUGCACGAUGAGCAUACAAAGCUAUCGAGUUGAACAAAUCUAAUAUCUGCAAUAAUUUCAAAGUGAUUUCUAAUUAACAUUAGGUCUUCGUUUGUAUUGGCCCCAACCUUGAUCCCAACCAAACCCCCACCCAGCACCCUCCAGGAAGUCCUAAAGAGUGUACUUAAUUCCUAGCUAGUAGAGAACAUAACUCUAGUUACCCACAUAAGGCUUUGUUUAGUUUGUAAAUAGCAGAGCGCCCCAGAUCGGGGAUCGCCUUUUUAUGUUUGUGUUUCGUCUUGAAGAGAAAAUUUGAAAGUAUCUGCAACUGUUUAAUUCAAUUUAUUUUUAGUGUUGGCGUUUGUGUUGUUGAAAUUGCUCUAGCAGCUUGAAAAAUGCUUUACUAAUUUUAUCAAAAAUCAAUCGUUUUUAAUUGCCACUGAAGAACAAAUUCGGAAGAUAAACAGGAAGUAAAAUAUUUCAAAAGUAGCAUAGAAAGUGCUAUAGUUAAUCAGAGUUUUUUAUUAGAUCAGCAGCCGAUCCUUGCACUUUAUUUAUUAAAAGGCCUCUCAACAAUGUCUGUAAAUUUCAUUCGGUAGUUAAUCGAUACAGUAAACCAACGAAAUUUGAUUAAAGCGUGAAUUGUUAAAUCCUAAAGCUGGGUUUCCUACCCAUAACCGUAAUGUAAAGUAAUUAUUUAUGCUGUACCAUUCGCUAAGCUAAGGUUAGUGCAUUCUAGAACUAUCGGUAGUAUAUGUCAACCUAGCUCGUAAGCCUAAAUUAUGUAUAUCGAAUUAGCAAGACAAAUUUUAGAAAAAACAAAUCAGAUUGAGCAAGGCAAAGCGAAACGAACAAAACUAUGGAAAAUGAGAGAAUCAAAAAAAUAUACCUAGCACAAAUUAAUUAAUCGUUUUUUGUUUCCACAUUUUGUAUAUUUGUUCAAUCUUAGUUUGUACAUUUUCGAUUAUGUGUUCAAUGCAAUUGGUUGGAACCAUACUGAUUUUCGCAACCAAUUAAAAUGAAAAACCAUUUGAAGUUUUGGGUUAAGGGGCACUCACAGUCCGCCAGGACAAAGUGGGCGAAAAUGUUUAACUGCAUUCCAUGUAAAAUAAAAUUACGCAACUAAUUUUUAAUGAACUUCGCAUGUAUGUAUACCUUAAUCUGGGUUCGAUUGCAAAGGAAACUAUUAAACAAAAAUGGAAUCGAAAAUAAAAACUGAUACAACUUCAAGAAUGAAACC